CGUCUGCGCAGCCUCGAGGAUGGAGAAGAAGACGUCAAACGAGGGGAGACGCAAAGCUAAGCUGAGCACUAUCUUACGGAAUUAAUGUUCAGUCUCCCAUAAGUGUCUGGUUCCUGUCCCAGUCACCCCAUUAAGAAAAGUGACAUCUAACAUUCGUUUUUAAAUGUAAAAAUUGAGAACAAGUUGUCGUCUUUGUUAGCACGAACCCACUGGUUGCUGAGCGACAACAAAAAAGCCACACGCCGCCGGCAGUGAGCCUCCUAUUGCUUGACGAGAACUCCUCAGUCCAAUACCGACCUGACAUGACGGGCGUUGCGUCUCCGGAGAAGGCAGCAAGCUCCAAGAAGAAAAGCGAGAGGAAGUGUGCCUCCAAAGAAGAGUACAGGCAGCUGUCCGGCAUCAUGGCAAGCAUGAACAUUCUGAGAAAGCAGGGUACACUCUGUGACGUGACCCUGGUGGUUCAGGGGAAACACUUUCCUGCCCACAGAGUGGUCCUCGCUGCUGCCAGCCACUUCUUCAGCCUCAUGUUCACCACCAGAAUGAUGGAAUCAAUGUCUCAUGAGGUGGAACUGAGGAGUGCUGAGCCUGAGAUCAUUGAGCUGUUGAUUGAAUUCAUUUACACAGCAAGAAUCUCUGUGAACAGCAGCAACGUUCAGUCGUUGCUGGAUGCAGCCAACCAGUACCAGAUUGAGCCAGUGAAGAAGAUGUGUGUGGAGUUUCUUAAAGGACAGAUCGACGCCACAAACUGCCUGGGUAUCUCAGCCUUAGCAGACUGUAUGGACUGUCCUGAGCUGAAGGCCGCAGCAGAGGACUUUUUCCAGCUCCACUUUACAGAAGUCUAUAAACUGGAUGAGUUCUUGCAGCUGGAUGUUACACAGCUCACAUAUUUGCUCCACCAGGACAAGCUGACUGUUCGUGCUGAGGCUCAGAUUUAUGACGCGGCAGUGCGUUGGCUGAAAUAUGACGUGUGCAACAGAAAGCAGUACAUGGUGGAGGUGCUGGGGUGUGUUCGCUUCCCUCUGGUCUCCAAAACCUUCCUGUCAAAGACCGUGCAGGCAGAGCCGCUCAUCCAGGACAACCCACAAUGCCUCAAGAUGGUCAUCAGUGGGAUGCGUUACCAUCUAUUGUCUCUCGAAGACCGAGAAGACCUGGGAGAGAGCAGCCGGCCACGGCGCAAGAAGCACGACUAUCGGAUCGCCUUGUUUGGAGGCUCGCAGCCUCAGUCCUGCCGCUACUUCAAUCCCAAGGACUCCACCUGGACAGACAUCCGCUGCCCCUUUGAGAAACGCCGCGAUGCCACCGCCGUCUUCUGGGACAACGUGGUGUACAUCCUGGGGGGCUCGCAGCUGUUCCCCAUCAAGCGAAUGGACUGCUACAAUGUUCUGAAAGAUAGCUGGUAUUCCAAGCUAGGUCCACCCACUCCUCGCGACAGCCUGGCCGCUUGCGCUUCUCAGGGCAAGAUCUACACAUCGGGUGGAUCAGAAGUGGGGAGCUCAGUUUUGGACCUUUUUGAAUGUUACGACACAAGGACAGAGUCGUGGCAGGUGAAGACCAGCAUGCUGUUGGCCCGCUGCAGCCACGGCUCCGUUGAAGCCAACGGACUCAUUUAUGUUUGUGGAGGAACGGUGGGCAAUAACGUUUCUGGGAGGAUCCUCAACAACUGUGAGGUGUACGACCCCAGCACACAGCAAUGGCGAGAGCUUUGUGGGAUGAGGGAGGCCAGGAAGAACCAUGGACUGGCGGUUGUCAACAACAGGAUCUAUGCUGUGGGAGGACAGGGGCCUUUGGGUGGACUGGAUUCAGUGGAAUAUUAUGACAUUGCCGGCAACGAGUGGCGAGCUGCCUCACCAAUGCCAUGGAGGGGCGUGACGGUGAAGUGUGCAGCUGUUGGUGAUGCAAUAUAUGUGCUGGCAGGCUUCCAGGGGGUGGGACGGCUCGGGCACGUCCUGGAGUACCACACUGAAACCGACAGGUGGGUGACGUGCAGCAAAGUGCGAGCGUUCCCCGUCACCAGCUGCCUGAUCUGUGUGGUCGACACGUGUGGCGUGAACGAAGAUGAAGAUACGGAUCUCAUAGACUCUCAGCCGCAUGUCGCGUCCUCUUCCUCAGCCCCCACCUCAUCCCCCUCGUUGUAAAAUAAUAUUAUCUAAUGUGUUUUAAUUUUCGAAUGUAUGUUUACAGUUUUGAAAGAAACCGAUUUAACUCACAACAGUCGGGUUUUUCUUUUUUUGUUGUUUUUUUUCCCCCAGAAAGAUCCAGUCAUGCUUCGAUGGCUCACACUAUUGCAAGAAUGUUCUUUUACAGACAUGUUUUUACUACAUAAUUUAAUUUUAACUUAUAUUCACUCCAAAACUGCAGUUUUUUAUGAGACAUGUUACAUUUUUCUUUUACUCCAAGCAAAAGCUUUAGUGCCACCUUAAUACUUUAUAAAUAAUGCCACACACAGGCCUUUGAAAAAAAUGUGUAAACAUUUUAUUUUCAGCUGUAGUUACAAGUAAAACAGUGGGAAUAAAAAUAGGAAUGUAAAUUCUG